AUCUAUAACAACAGAUGAUACUCUAUUUAAUGAUGAGUUAGAAAUUGUUGAAUUGGAUUUUUUAAGUGAAAGUGUUGCAAAGAUUUUAGAAAAUGCACUAUCAAAUUCAGAUUUUCAUUUCCAUUAUGGAAUAAAUAUUAGAAAUUAUAAUGGUUCAAAUAAAGAUCUAGCAAGUGAAAUCAUUGAACAAAUUGAGAAUGUAGACGAAUAUAAUUGGAUUUAUAAUUGUCAAUAUAAUGGUAAUAAAUUAACUACUUACUGGUAUAUGUGUUCUCAAUAG